UGUGUACUACGAAGACGCAGUUAGUACUACGUACACCUUAGCUUAGCUUAGCUUAGCUUGCUUUGAGCUCGUAGCUGUGUUAGCCAUGGCGAAGAUAGUGAUGCUCCCUGUGCUCCUCUCCUUCCUCCUCCUGCCAUUCUCCUCCAUGGCGCUGACGCAGGACUUCUGCGUCGCGGACCUGACCUGCAGCGACACGCCGGCAGGGUACCCGUGCAAGGCGGGCGUCGGCGCCGGGGACUUCGCGUACCACGGCCUCGCCGCGGCUGGGAACACCAGCAACCUCAUCAAGGCCGCGGUGACCCCGGCCUUCGUCGGCCAGUUCCCCGGCGUGAACGGGCUCGGCAUCUCCGCCGCGAGGCUCGACAUCGCCGUCGGUGGCGUGGUGCCGCUCCACACCCACCCGGCCGCCUCCGAGCUCCUCUUCGUCACCCAGGGCACCGUCGCCGCCGGCUUCAUCUCGUCCUCGUCCAACACCGUCUACACCAGGACGCUGUACGCCGGCGACAUCAUGGUGUUCCCCCAGGGCCUGCUGCACUACCAAUACAACGCCGGCCAGUCGGCGGCGGUGGCGCUCGUCGCCUUCAGCGGCCCCAACCCCGGACUGCAGAUCACCGACUACGCCCUCUUCGCCAACAACCUGCCGUCCGCCAUCGUCGAGAAGGUCACCUUCUUGGACGACGCGCAGGUGAAGAAGCUCAAGUCCGUGCUCGGCGGCAGCGGUUAAGUUCUCUUCGGACGUCGAGUUGGUCGCCGGCGUCGUCGUGGUCUCGCCGUCGUGGUCAUCCCGUGUGAUUAAUUUGCAUGCACGAACGCGUCACUCCUGUCAUGUGAAUUUCUGCUUUCUUUUUCAUGUUAUGCUUAAUUUGCUCGUGUCAAUUUCAUUCAGAUUAAGUGUUGAUUCGAUAAUCUCUAGGUGUCGCUGUAAUUUGUUGGAACGAAAAGACAAAACUGUGCAUCGAUCCAAUUGGUCAUUCUUUUUGUCAGU